UUGGGUUUUGUCAACUCGGAGGCGUUAAAAUUUGAAGGACGGGAUCACGCGUAAAUAAGCUGUUGAAAACGGACAGGACCAAAAAAAAACGGUGGAAAAGGGAAACGGAAGUUUCUAGCCCGACACGAUUGUAAGCCGUAGAUAUCUCUUUUUAACGGCGUCAUCAUUGAAAAAAAGAGCGUACCAGAUUACGGUUCCGUUAUUGCUAACUCUUGAAACCUUCAAAUCGGGCGAGUAUCGCGUCAAUUUUGUUUUUUUGUUUUUUUUUUUAAAUCGGAAUCCCCUUAUCGUUCUAAGGUGUUUUCCUCUCAUUUUUCUCUUCCGUUUUGAUGGCGUCUACUACGAACCGAACUGGUGGCGAUUCCUUCUACGGCGGUGCGGCUCCUUACCGAUCAAGGGAGGGUUUAAGCACGAGACCGGUGGCUAGCUCCGGCGAAAUACAGUUGCGAAUUGAUCCGAUGCAUGCCGAAUUGGACGAUGAGAUCACGGGUCUCCUUAGCCAAGUUAAACAAUUGAGAAAUGUUGCUCAAGAGAUAGGAUCAGAAGCAAAAUUUCAGAAGGACUUUUUAGAUCAGCUGCAAAUGACCAUGAUUAAAGCUCAAGCAGCGGUGAAGAACAACAUUAGGAAACUGAACAAGAGCAUAAUCAAGCAUGGUUCAAACCAUAUUGUUCAUGUGGUUCUUUUUGCACUGUUUUGCUUCUUUGUUGUCUACAUGUGGUCCAAAUUGGCCAGAUGAUGAAGUUUGGGAGACCACUGAGAUUGAAAAUGGUGCAUAAAUGCUUUUUUCUUCGUGACUUUUAUCAGUUUUAAUUGACCUAGAAAAUAUUGGUUCUGGGUUUUUCUUAUGCUGUGGUGAGACACUAGUUCUAUCCUACAAAAGAGGAGAUAUUGUUGAUUCAUUAAUCCAUAGUUGUAAUGAAUAAUUAUAUGGUCCAUGCUCUAGCUAAAAGUGCUUCACAACACUUGAAUGGAAGUGUUUAUAUUAAGUAUCCUCUUAUGUCUUUUGUACUGAAUAAUGGGGCUUUUCAA